AUGACUUCCAGCCUUCCUCGUAUUGUUACAAUUGAGAAUGUCCGGUAUCAGAACCGGGCGACACUGCCCAAUGCUAACGACCUAGAACCUCUAUACUGCGUCAUUCCGGAUCCCGAGAUGUCUGAUCUUGAAUUGUGGGAACUUUUUCCUACUUCCGCCGAUCGAUACCAAAUCAGACACCUCAAGUUCCAGCAUUAUGCCGUUGCUCGGUAUCCGUUCAAAGAUGUUGGAGGGGCUAAAGAUAAAUGUUGGUGGUUUAUUGAGAGAGUGGAUGUGGAACACGGACAAGAUACUUACGUCAUACGACAUAAUGAUCAAACAAAUCUAUGUUGGUAUCUUGACAGUGGAUCUAACAAUGCGCCGGUAGAACUCAGAAAUGCUCCAUUGGAUCAUCGAUGCAUCUGGAAGAUUGCUCAGCAUCCGUACCCUGUCCAUGCGGUCGAUUCAACGAUCCCUCCACAAGCACACACCUCACUGGAUUCAAGAUGGCUAGCAGAGUUGGCGGCAACGUUCCACUCUACCUUUGAUGGAUAUAUCGAGGCUCAUCCUUCUACCGCGGCAGCGGCAGCGUUGAAGAUUCUUGGGUAUGCGUUCAAGAUGAUCAUUGAGCAUACCGAGAGCAGCAACCAACAGCUUGAUCUAUAUGUCUCCAACCUGCUCGUGAAGAUCAUUGGUAUUUAUGAAGCGCUGUGUCAGAAAGAAAACUCGAUUGUGACCCCUGCAAUGGAAGAACUCUUGAACAAGAUUGCACGGCAAAUACUGGAAUGCGUCGAUUACAUUAUGUACCACUCAGAGAAAGUAGUGUUCUGGAAGAGGCUUGGGAAGGACACUAUCAGGGAGACACGCAUAGAGAUCGACUAUUUCAUUGCUGUCCUCAAUGAGUUGUCCGAAUGUAUUGAUAGUUCAAGUCGGAGGGGCGAUGACGGCCCAAUACAAAUCCAUAGGAUUGUCCAGGAAAUGGACUUGAGCAGCUUAGAUUAUGCAACAGGAGCCGGAAUCAACACAUCCAAACGAUGUCUUCCGGGUACUCGAAUAAAGGUUCUCUCUAAGAUCACGGACUUUGUAUAUGCCACUGGAGACGACGCAAAGCAAAUAUUCUGGUUGUCGGGUACAGCGGGCAAGGGCAAGUCCGCGAUUGCACAUACAAUAGCUGGCCAAUUCCACAGACAAGGCGCACUGGGAUCCUGUUUCUGCUUUGACAGAACACGACAUGCAGACCGCCGACACGAGAAAAUAUGGAGCACGAUUGCGCGGGAUUUGGCCGACCACGAUCCUCUCAUCCGGCGCGAGCUAGCUCGCGUUGUGAUCCAUGGCACAAGUGAUAUCAAAUAUACCGAGGAUCCCACCCGACAGUGGGAGAGGCUCGUUUCAGUCUUAAGAAAUGUGGGGACGGCGAAGAUUUUAGUGCCAGUAUUAAUUAUCAUCGAUGCGCUAGAUGAAAGCGGCGAAACCGGUACUCGUGCGCAAAUUCUUCGCAUGUUUGCUGGUGAAAGCGGUAUGAUGUCGCAGUUUAUGGCCAAGCUCCCGUCGAAUAUCCGGAUUCUUGUCACAUCUCGCCCGCUUCCGGAUAUUCAAGAUGCUCUAGAUGGUUUGCACCACAUUGAGCGUUUAUCUCUGGAUAAUAUCCCUCCAUCAUGGUCCGAGCACGAUGAUGUUAAGCUUUAUAUCGCCGCGCAGCUCACGCCGCUAAGGAUAUUUCAGGAUAAUGACUUCCAAGCACUUGCUCUCAAGUCUAAUGGCGUUUUUGAAUGGGCGCGUCUCGCAUGCUUCCAUAUCAAGGACAGAAACUCGAUCGGCCCAAAAGCUAGAUUUCGCUUCGAUAAUGUAGUCUCUGUAGGAUCGGUCAGUGGUAUAGGGCUGCUGGAUCAAAUGUACAAGCACGUCUUGAAGGAAGUGAUGCCGAAGAAGCAGCGCAAGCACGUUCUCCCGAUCUUUUGCUCUGUCAUGGGUCACAUUCUAACUUCACUGGAGCCGCUGUCGAUGACUGCUCUUGUCGCAAUGCGGGAGCAUUUUCCACGUGAGGAUGAUACCGACCAAGAGCACGACCCUGAGAUGGAGCCCGUUCUUCGCCUUAUGGGUGCACUCCUCAUUGGCGUUGAAGAUGAUCGAACGCCAAUUCGGCCACUCCACGCAUCCUUUUACGACUUUCUCAUGGCCAAGGACCGGAGCGGGGAGUUUUACAUUGAUGCUGACGCAGCGUAUCAUUACAAGCUGGCUUUCGCGUCAUUCCAUGUGAUGAAGGCUGAGCUCCGCUUUAACAUUUGCCAGCUGGAGAGUUCGUAUCUUCCAAAUUCAGCCGUUGUCGACAUACAAAACCGCAUAGAAGAGUACAUUUCCCCACAACUGCAAUAUUCGUGCCGAUUUUGGGCCGUUCACUAUGCUAAGGCUGUGUACUGUUCAGAUUCGCUUUCUAAAGAGGUGGAGCUCCUCUUCUCAAAUAAAAAUUUACUAUUCUGGCUCGAGACCUUGAGUCUUACGAAUCACCUCACUGGUGUGGUUGCAGGUUUGUCUUCAGUGAUGUCAUGUUUUGUGGAGAGUGACAGCGAUAACAAUAUCUGGCUCAGGAAGGCGAUUAUGGACACCAAUCGAUUUGUUCAAAUGUUUGCGUCGACCAUGCUACGGAGUACACCACACCUGUACCUGUCUGCUCUACCAUUUGCGCCAACAUCAUCGUGGAUUUUUCAGACGUUCACAACCAUGUUUCCCGGUGCUGUUACGAUUGCUGCUGGGAGUCGUUCUACAUGGCCAUCUUUACAGAAAAUAAUUCACUACAAUGCAAGCUGUACCGCAAUCUCUCCGGAUGGACGGAAGAUUGUGUCCGGCUCAAGCGAUGGCACAGUCCGUGUGUGGGAUGCAGACACUGGGUUGCAAGUUGGUUCCACUCUCCGGGACUGUACAGGCUCGAUCACAUCUGUGACCAUCUCGCAAGACGGGCGGCGAAUCGUGUCUGGCUCGUGGGACGGUACAGUCCGUGUGUGGGACGCAGACACCGGGCGUCAAAUUUGUUCCACUUUCCAAGGCCAUGGAGACGAAGUUACAUCUGUGGUGAUCUCGCAAGACGAGCGGCGAAUCGUAUCUGGCUCGCGGGACGGUACAGUCGGUGUGUGGGAUGCGGACACUGGGCUGCAAAUUGGUUUCAGCCUCCAAGGCCAUACAAACGCGGUCACAACUGUGGCAAUCUCACCAGACGGACGGCGAAUCGUAUCUGGCUCGCGAGACCGUACAGUUCGUAUGUGGGAUGUGGAUACUAGGCUGCAAAUUGGCACCAUUCUCCAGGGCCAUAGAGACAUGGUCACAUCUGUGGCAAUCUCGCAAGACGGACGGCGAAUUGUGUCUGGGUCAGAUGACGGUACAGUCUGUGUGUGUGAAGCAGUCAUAGAGCUGCAACAUUAUUUCACUCUCCAAGGUCAUACAGGCUUGAUCGCAUCUAUGGCAAUCUCGCUAGACGGGCGACGAAUCGCGUGUGGCUUGUUGGACGGUACAGUCUGUGUGUGGGAUACAGACACCGGACUGGAAAUUGGUACUACUCUCCAAGGCCAUACAGGGCCCGUCACAUCUGUAACAAUCUCGCAAGAUGGGCGGCGAAUCGUGUCUGGAUCGCGGGACCAUACAGUCUGUGUGUGGGAUGCAGGCACUAGGUUACAUACUUGUUCCAUUUGUUCCACCUUCCAAGGCCGUACAGACUCGGUCACAUCUGUAACAAUCUCGCAAGAUGGGCGGCGAAUCGUAUCUGGCUCGCGGGACCAUACAGUCUGUAUGUGGGAUGCAGACACUAGGCUGCAAAUUGGUUCCACCUUCCGUGGCCAUACGAGCUCGGUCACAUUUUUGGCAAUCUCUCAAGACGGGCAGCGAAUCGUGUCUGGCUCGGAGGAUGGUACAGUCUGUGUUUGGGAUGCACACACCGGUUUCACUCUCCGUGGACACACAAGUUCGGUCACAUCUGUGGCAAUCUCGCAAGACGGACGGCGAAUUGUGUCUAGCUCGCGGGACGGUACAAUCCGUGUGUGGAAUGCAGACACCGGGAAGCAGAUUGGUUCCACUCUCCAAGGCCAUAGGGGCUCGGUCGCAUCUGUGGCAAUCUCGCAAGACGGGCAGCGAAUCGUGUCGGGCUCGUGGGACUGUACAGUCUAUGUGUGGGAUGCAGACACCGGGCUGCAAGCUUGUUCCACUCUUCAAGACUACACAGGCUCGGUUGCAUCUAUGGCAAUCUCGCUAGACGGGCGACGGAUCGCGUGUGGCUCGUGGGAUGGGACAGUCCGUGUGUGGGAUGCAGACACCGGGCUGCAAAUUUGUUCCACUCUCCAAGGCCAUAUAGACGCGGUCACAUCUGUAGCAAUCUCGAAAGACAUGCAGCGAAUCGUGUCUGGGUCGCGAGACCGUACAGUCCGUGUGUGGGAUACAACCAUCGGGCUGCAAAUUGGUUCCACUCUCUGUGGCCAUACAGGCUCAGUCACAUCUGUGACAAUCUCGCAAGAUGGUCGACGAAUCGUGUCAGGCUCGGAGGACGGUACAGUCCGCAUGUGGGACAUGGACAGUGUCCCAAACAGUACAGACGAUGAUCUGCCUGCAGAAUUGAGACAUUUACGGUAUGACUCAAUAUAUUUUUCAUCGAAUCCGACACAUGCUCUGCAAUCAUCGACUUUGUUUAUAGACAUUUCUCAUUCUCCAGAAUCAUUUCUCCCCGAUCCGGAUGGCUGGGUUACUGGGCCUGGUGGCCGGCUUCUGUUCAAGAUUCCCAUGGAAUUCGUGGACCGGUCACGAAUGUAUGUUCCUGGAAACACUUUGGUUAUCCCCAAUGACGGUCUACAGCUGGAUCUGAGUCGAUUCGCACACGGGGAGUCGUGGCACAUGUGUUAUGAUCCGAACAGGCGUUAG